AUGGCUGCGCCCACGACCACCGAUCAGGGGGUCUCGGACUCGAUCGAGCUGAGUUCCAUGAGUAACAACACUCCCGCACCAACUCCUGCGGCCUCAAGUUCUACCACCCGUGAGGUCGAAGACGAUCGUGAGCGCGGUCCUUGGCAGCGUCUGGCGGCUCGUUUGAAGAAAUUGCUACCUAAGUCUCAGCGCUUCUCUUUUGUCGCCAUCUCGAUCGUCAUCAUCAGCGUCGUGCCAGCGGCGAAGCCAGUCAUCACCAUUACCAUCGCCGUUGUCGCCCUCAAAGCACUGCGCGAAGCCCUCCGUUCGAUUUCCGACAACGCUGACGUACCAAUACACAACCCCCCCCCUCAAGGCCAGGAAGAUGGCCGCGUUCCCCACCCUACAACUCCUGCUCCGCCCCCGGACGCGCCUCCUUCCCACCCAUCAUCGACCGCCUCCGUCUCGGUCUGA